AAAGGCUUUAUGUUUCAUUUGAUUAUGACUUUAAAACAAUGUUUUAAGAGGAGAAAAUAAAGAGAUCUAAUUAAAUCUAAUACACAUCUACUUAUUCAUUUUUCAAUUGAAUACAGUGAGGCAGUCUACCACACAAAUUUUCUCACUCAUGCAACACAGUUAUAAUUUGGGUAUAGUGUGUGUGUCAGCUUUAAUUGAUUCACUGCAGAAAUGAGUAUUCAGUGAGCAGAUAGCCUUAUAAUUGAGCAAAUAAAUGGAUAAAAAGGAUACUUCUAUCAUGUUAAAUCAAACAAAUCAGUCUACAAUUGUUACUACAUCCAACAGAACAUUAGUGCAGAUAGCAACGGAACCAGUGGACAUCUACCUGCCAAGUAUUUUAACUACAACUGUUAUACUCAUUAUAAUUGCUAUCAUUGGUACAAUAGGCAACAGUCUUGUGGUAUGGGCAUUUAGAAAACAGGUUAGCCAAGGUAUUGUAUCCGGUUUGUUUAUUUUAUUACUGGGGUGUAAUGAUCUAUUCAUUUGUUUAAUUGUUAUCCCAUGUACACUAUACUUAGAUAUAUGGAAAGGUGAUACAACCGAUUGGAUAUGUCGUGCACACUUAACUAUGAAAGGAUUUGUUGUACCAAUCUCAGCAUGUAUACUAAUGUUAAUUGCAAUGGAACGCUUUUUAUUGAUCUGUUUCAUUCCUGGCAUCCAAAUGAAACGUACACAUAUUAGUUUAGCAUUGACAAUUAUAUUUUGGAUUGGUUUAUUAUGUGCUAUACCGAUGGGAUUACAUGUUCGAGCUAUUGAUGUAUAUAAAGAACGCGAUGAAUUAUUAGACUUGAACACCUUGAAAUAUGGACUGUCAAAUUUUAAAAGUGAUGAAUGGAUCAAUCAGGCAGGUGUUACAAAACGAUGUGAUAAAGAUGAGACAUAUAUUAAUGACUAUUUAUACUGGUAUCAUCAAAUCUGUGUCUUAAUUCUAUUUCUUGGAUUAUUCCUUGGUACAGCUGGUAUAUAUGCCUUGAUAUUUCUAUUUGUUUGGCGACAUGAAUCAUUUAUGUAUGAAAAAUACGGUAAUUCAAGGAUUAAAGGCAAUUGGGUACGUAUACACGCUACACCGAAUUCAUCGGCUAAUAUUAGUCCAUCAAUAUGGAGUCCAAUUAAGAAAAGAUUAUCAUUUCGUCGAAAAUUAAAAGAAAUUAAUGAUGUUCACAGUGAUAAAGUUAAACAAUGUUCAAGUGGUAACGGAUGUGAAAGGGAACAAGUCAAUGAUUAUCAACAGCAGCAGCCGCAGCAGCCACCACCACCACAACAGACAUUAGGGAUAAAUCAGACACAAACUGAUUUGACUACAUCGACAAGUUUUGAUGCAUCCAAUUUGGAUCGGUUAAGUUGUGUUUGCUUGUGUGAAAGAGAAGCAGAUGUUGAAGAUCUCAAGACUGUUGCCAGUCCUGUUCCUACUGAUCAAAGCUUCAAUAUUAUUGAUAACAGUAGAGAUACUGUUCAGUCACAAUGUUUUAUACACUUGAAUGUUUUGAAAGUAGUUAGUACUGAAAAAGACAAGUGUACACCAGAAAUGAAUCUACAUCUAGAUCAGGGUCAUCUACAACAGACACCAAGAUCUGAAUGGUCAGCAGCUAAUUUAGAACGUCGACGGAAACCACAUGUACGUACAGCACAGACAUUAGCCUUAGUUGCAGCAAAUUUCAUUAUAUCCUAUACACCAUAUCUUGUUUAUACUACAAUGCCUAUACAAAAGAGACAAGUUGAAGUAUUCAGAGAUCGACCACACUGGACAAAUCAAAUAAGACGUGUGUUAUUCUACAUGUAUUUCAUUAACUCUGCAUUGAAUCCAAUCAUUUAUUCAUGUAUGAAUAGACAUUUUCGUGUAUGUACACAAAGAUUUUACACAGAUUUAAAAGUUAAGCUUGGAAAAUUCAUUAAAAAAUCACAUGUGAAGAAUAAUAGUACCAAUCAACAUUCAACUAUUUCUGACUUAUCAUCUAAACCAAUUGCAUAGAAUCAUUAGAACACACAACAAUCAUAAUAAAAAAAACAAUAAAAGUUUCUUUAAAAAAAAUAUUUUUUCUCUCAUAUAUUCUUGAUGUGAAUCAUUAUUACAUUUCAAAUCUGAAAUAUAUUCUAUGAUCAGAUGGAAAUAAUUCAUUAAAACAACUUUGAUAAAUGUAUUCAUACAUCAUUUGCUUCAUACAUUUAUAUAUUGAAACAUUGAAUUUGUAAACAUCAUUCACAUUUUGACAAUAUGUGAAAUGUGUUCACAAGUACUCGUUAAUCAGUAUGAUUUGCAUAAAUGUAAUAAAAUUUCCGUAGAAUGUUGUAUUUUCGUAAAUUCAAUAUUAUCAAGUUUCCAAGAGAAGUUUAUGAUACAGUAGUAAGCUAGCUGAUUGCACUUAUUUUCUACUCUGACUGAAGUGGUUAGAUGUUCAUCAUUUAUGCUUUUAAAUCAUUCAUACAAGUUGAUUGUUUCUCACAAAACUGUCAUCUAUCAGGCAAAAGACUGUGGAACGAAAUGGUAAUCAGUGUAUCAAAGAUGUCUGAAAGCAUCGUUCAAGGAAAAUGCAUAUGCAGAAUGAAAAAUGAUUUAUUAUGGCACAAAUACAUUUAUCAAUCAAUUAUGUUUAAUCGCUAUUGUCUACUUCUACACAAAACUCUUUGUUUCACUCCUAAGUCUUGUCUCCCUCUUAUGCUUUUCUUUAUUGCUUUUUAUAACUAACCAUCUAUAUAAAGGAAUACGGUGUGGUUGUACACUAUAGUGUUCUAAAAAGCAUAUCUGUUCAAUGUGGUUUAUAACUAUCUGCAAAAUAUUCUCUCACUGAUGAAACUGUCUAAGAUAGUCUUGGUUGAUAAAUUAUUCUUUAUGUAACAUAAAUAUAACUGGAAUUGAAACGAAACCUGAAUGGCAGUAUAAUUUAGAUCAUCAAUUUCUAAAUAGCUGAACAAUUAUUUGGUCAAGUGAUUUUAGAGACUGAAGUGUUAACCAAAUCUUAAUUUCACUUCAGUCAUCACAACUGUCAGAUGAAGGAAUGAUCCAUAAUUUUUCACUUAUCAUCCUAUUCAACUAAAACGUUACAUCUUUAAAUACAAUCCAAAUUGAGUUGAACUAGUAUAGAAGAAUAGUAUAGAUAUUAGCAUAAUUUUGUUGUUUUUUUCCCCUGUUUUUAAGAUCAACCAUGUGAGUGUUAAAUUUGAUAUUUUUCAUUUUUUAUUUAUAAAAACAGGCGAUGAAGACUUCG